AUGGCAGCUAGUGGUAACACUCAGCAGAGUUUGAGAAGAGCUAUUGGAGCUUUGAAGGACUCCACAAAGGUUGGAUUGGCGAAAGUAAAUAGUGAAAACAAGGAGCUUGAUGUUGCACUUGUCAAGGCCACAAACCAUGAUGAAAUAUUGGCAAAGGAGAAACAUAUUAUGACUAUCUUUAGUGCCCUUUCAGCUUCAAGUCCUCGGGCUGAUGUUACUUAUUGUAUAAAUGGUCUUACCAAGCGUCUUGCCAAAACGCAUAAUUGGACGGUUGCAUUAAAAACAUUGAUUGUAAUACACCGUGCGUUGAGAGAAGUAGAUCAUACAUUCCGUGAAGAGCUAAUUAAUUUUAGCAAGGGAAAACGUCUUAUGCUUAACCUAUCUCAUUUCAGGGAUGAUUCAAGUCCACAUGCAUGGGAUUAUUCUGCUUGGGUUCGUGCAUAUGCUUUAUAUCUUGAAGAACAUCUUGAAUGUUUCUGUGUGUUGAAAUAUGACAUUCGGAAAAAUCCCUCAAGAACAAAGGAGCUUGACAUCCCAGACGUACUUGAGCAGUUACCUGCCAUGCAACAACUUCUUCUUCGGCUUCUGGCUUGCAAGCCACAGGGAAUGGCUGUGCACAACAGCUUGAUUCAUUAUGCCCUUUCAAUAGUUGCGGGUGAAAGUGUCAAGUUAUAUGUUGCAAUUACAGAUGGAGUUCUCAAUGUGGUUGACAAGAAUGACUUUAUUUUGUCACACUAUUUUGAAAUGGAGCGCCAUGAUGCAAUCAGGGCGCUAGAAAUUUAUAAGAAGGCUGUGAGUCAGGGGGAAAAAUUAUCUGAGUUCUUUGAGAUGUGCAGGAGCGUUGAUUUUGGACGACAACAGAAGUUUAUCAAAAUCAAAAUGCCCCCUGCAUCAUUUUUAACUGCAAUGGAAGACUAUGUGGCCGAGGCACCACACGUCUUAGCUUUUGAGUGGAUACAAAUCAGCGAGGAUGAAGAUGGUACCCCCAGAGAAGUUUCUACCCCACAUGCUACUUUGUUAAUUGAUUAUAAACAUGUUGAUGUUAAAGAAAAAUCCAAUGUAUGUUUGAGAUCAUCAGACCCAACAAAGAGCAACCAGAGUGAGACCACAACAGCAACUCUUUUUUUUACUGACCUUUUGGGCUUGGAUGAGUUAACCCAGGAAGCAUCCGAAAUGGAUGACAAAAAUUCACCCGCAUUCACAAGUGUUACUUCUGACGAUCUAUUAAAUUGUGAAACUAGCAUCAAUUCAACAUUUCAAACUACAGGUUGGGAGCUUGCACUUGUUACAGCUCCAAGCUCUGAUGGAGUUGCAGUUGCAGAGAGUAAGCAGGCUGGUGGACUGGAUAAAUUAACACUGGAAAGUUUAUAUGAUGGUGCAAUGGCUACAGGAAUGAAUCAGAAGAGUGCAUGCCAGAUCGGGCAAAUGGCUCCUAAUCCUUUUGAUUCUUUAGAUAAUAACCAGGACCCGUUCUAUGCUCCCAGUGACACAGUACCUGCAACUAAUACACAAACAGUAGCAAUAAGCGAAGAGCAAACUUUCCUGAUGAUGCAGCAGCAGAAGCAACAGCAGCAGCAGCUACCAGUGAUUGACUUUGACACAAACUCGACCAAUCCUUUUGGAAAUCCAUUUGUUGAUGAUAAUAAUGUGCCAAACUCCUUUGGUGGUGACAAUAAUGUGUCAUUUCAUCAUCCUCAGGAGUUCUAA